CGGAAAACAUAGGUGUAUCGGUGCACCGCCGAUGUUUUUUGCAGCCAUAUCGCCGCGGUCACACUAAUACACUUCGGAACUUUUAGGACGGCAGCUACGAGAAUUAUCGUAGUUGAGCGAAAUUAAACAAAUUAACAAGACUUGCGGCGUACUUGAAGUCCGCUGACACAGCAAAAACCGAGCGACGAAGCAGGGCCAAGUCGCCAAAUCGCAGAGUACCUGGAAUCGUGCGUCCCCUAGAAGUAGAGGCUAAACCCAAAGCGGACAUGGCUGCGCCGGUCAUUGUCGAGGCCACGGUCAAGCAAACCGCCACGCUGAUCUUCAUGCACGGCCUGGGUGAUACGGGUCAUGGAUGGAGCAGCGCCUUGGCCGCUAUCCGGCCGCCUUUCAUGAAGGUCAUCUGCCCCACGGCGCCCACACAGCCCGUUUCGCUGAACGCCGGCUUCCGGAUGCCUUCCUGGUUCGACCUAAAGACCCUGGACAUCGGUGGGCCCGAGGACGAGCCGGGCAUCCAGGCGGCCCGCGACAACGUGCACGGCAUGAUACAGAAGGAGAUUAGUGCUGGGAUUCCGGCCAACCGGAUCGUCCUGGGUGGAUUCUCGCAGGGAGGCGCCUUGGCGCUGUACUCGGCGCUGACAUACGACCAGCCGCUGGCCGGCGUGGUGGCCCUGUCCUGCUGGCUGCCGCUGCACAAGCAGUUCCCCGGCGCCAAGGUGAACAGCGAGGAUGUGCCCAUCUUCCAGGCGCACGGCGACUACGAUCCCGUGGUGCCCUACAAGUUCGGCCAGCUGAGUGCGAGUCUGCUCAAGUCGUUCAUGAAGAAUGUGACGUUCAAGACGUACAAUGGACUUUCGCACUCGUCGUCCGAUGACGAGAUGGAUGACGUCAAGAACUUCAUUACGCUCACUCUGCUCUUCUCGAUUACAGGACAUAAUCAGUAAAUGGGUAAACUAAUUUCCACUGAACCUUAGCACUCUUAGAACGUACGAAAGCCCCCGACCCAGCCCGUUGCAUUCCAACGAUCACGAAAUUUGGAGCAGCUGAACACGAUUAAAGCGUAUUUAAUGAAAAUCAAAGCGCAGUAAGAGAGUCACACUGAGAACUAUACGAGUAGACUCUCUCGUAGCCCAAUUAUGGAAAUUAUCACUAAAAAUCAAUUCGAAAAGCAAUCAAUUAUACACACGGUAGCUAUACCUAAUGAAAGCCAAAAUACAAGCAAUUUGAGAGGGAAUUUCGCCUGCGCGAGACGUGUCAGAGUAUAGAACUCACUUUGAUAUUUGUUCGCUGCUAAUUAUUUCGGUUUACUUAUUUGGGACUUGUUCGUAUUUAAAUUGAAAUUAAUAAAGUUAUAUAAUCCAAGAAA